AUGAUCUCAUCCGACUAUAGACAACUGAAUAGCCUUGCUGAAGUGAGAAGACGCCUGUUGUCAGAUAAUAUCAAACUCAUGAGGUUCUAUCGUGAAUGUGAUGAGUUCGAAGGAUGGGCUCGCGAGACUGAGGCUGCCUUGCUGGAUGAGCCUAGCGUAGAACAUGUGAAAGCAUUCCGUAAGAAGUUUGAUCGCUUGGAAGCUGAAAUGAAGACUAGCGGUGGCACCCAACUGAAACAUAUCAAUGUCAUGGCAGAUGAGCUGAUCAGUGAGGGGCACAGCCAGUCGAAACAGAUCGAAGCGCGACAGAAGAAGGUGAAUGCUUUGUGGGCAGAACUUGAACGCUUGCGCGCCAAGCGUGCUGCCAAAUUGGAAACUACCGAAAGAAUUGCUGACUUCGAUUCGUCUUGCGAUGAUACAAGGGAAUGGAUGCAGGGCAAAUUCGAUUUGCUCGAUAGAAAUCCAAAUGAUCUGAAGAGCCUUCAAAACCUCGAACGCGAUCUCAAGCCUCUUGAGGAUAAGAUUCACUAUCUAGAGAAGCUAGCUGCUGAGGUCAAAAAGAAGAACCCUGAGGCUGCUGCAGCCAUUGAAAAGAAGAUUGCUCAGCUUCGUGGCCUCCACAAUGAUCUUUUGCGUAGAGCUCAUGAAAAGAUCAAGAUCGCUGAGCAAUCUCAAGGCCAAGAAAUGUUCGAAUCUGCGCUGAGAGAUGUACUGACCUGGAUCGAUCGCACCAAAAAAGCUUUAUCUGAAGAAGUACGACCUUUGGAUGUGCAGCAAGCUGAAGAUCUGCUCAAGAAGCAUUACGAACUUGGAGAGCAGAUAAAGGACAAGAAAUAUGAGCUGGAAUACGUACAAGAGCUUGGACGUCGUCUACUAGAGAAAAAUCCGCGAUUGCGUGAAGUCGAAGCACAGUUGAAUCAUCUAGGAGCGGAAAUGACAGCGGUCAAGAAUAUGUAUCGCAUUCGUGACGCUCAGCUAAAGGAACAACUUGAUUUGCAAUUAUUCAAUCGCGAAGCAGAACGCAUCGAUGCUGCCACAAAGGGUCAUGAAGCUUUCCUAGAUUAUGCUGACCUUGGA